AUGAGAGGGCUGAGGAGAUGUAUGGGAAUGUACAAUAGCCUGCUCCAUCUGCUCACUGCAAGGAAUAGGCCAGCAGAGACCAACUCAGAGGUGGACAAGUCAGCAUCACCCUCAGUGGCUCAGCUAGCAGGAAAGUUCAAAGAGCAAGCAGCCAAUAUCCCUGGAAAAGAGGUACCACCACAUAAGCCAACUCGGAGGAAACCACCCUGCUCCCUUCCCUUGUAUUCCCACAAAACUGAGACAAGUGACAAUGAUGAGCAAAAGCGGUCGCCAAAUGCUUGCCCCAUUCCCAAGGUCAAGGUGAAAAGCUCACCCAUGAUUGAAAAGCUGCAGGCUAAUCUGGCUUUUGCUCCAGCUGCUCUGCUGCCGGGAGUGUCUCCCAAAAGCCCUGGAAUAAAAGUCCUGGUUUCUCCAUUCAGCACGCCUCCCUCAACGCCCACCAGCCCAGGGACUCAGUCCCAGCCCAGUGAGACACCAGUCAGCUUUGAUCAGCCCCCAGAGAGCACUCAGCUGCAGUUCUACAACAAGGUGCGGACGCGAGGAUCGAUCAAGCGCAGGCCUCCCUCCCGGAGGUUCCGGAGAUCUCUGUCCGAGUACGGAGACGGGGAAGAUUUAGGAGUCAACUUGUCCUCUCCAGAAAACGGUGCCAGGGAAGACGAGGUCUUUGGGCCCAGUGGCAAGGCAGAGGAGGUGGAAACAGGGAGCAAAGAGGAAAAGAAAAAGUCAGGGUCUGAGGAGAAGCCAGCAUCUAGGACAGGAUCCAGCCGAUCAGAGGAUGAAGAAAAAGGGAGCAAAGAGCAGGAGAAACAGGCAGAGUCUGAGGAGAAGCCCCCAUCAAGGAGAGGAUCCAGUAGAUCAGAGGAUGGGGAAAAAGGGGAAAAACAGCCAGAGGAAAUUACUCCUUGCAAGAAUAACACAGGGAAUACAAAGGAGGAGGAAGUGUGUCAUGAUGCCCCAGGAGAGAACUCUCCUCAGCCUCCCUCUGGAAACAAUGAGAUGUGUGACAGUGCCCAGGGAGAAGAGCAGCACAGCACUGCCUGUGAACAAGGAAAGGGGGACAAGCAGAAGGAGGAAGCUGAAACCGAAACAAGGGAGAGCAGUGAGAGCACAGACAUACAGAGAACAUCAGACACUGAAGAAACAGCACUGGCACCUGAACCACUGCAGGAUGCAGUGGGAUUAGGGACUGCCAGUGAGCCUUCAGUGCCAGCCACGCAGGACCAGGGCACAGCGUAGCUGUGACACACAGGACAUACCCAAUCAGGGCAGAGAAGAUUUAACAUGUGGAUAGGAGCCAUCUAACGUAAUCAAGAUGGAAGCUACUGGAAAACCUUCAGUGGCAGGAGAGGAGCAGAAUGCAUAAAUCCCCUGAGGUCCAGACUCACCACAGAGCUGUGUGGCCACUCACUGGCUCCCUACUUUGCACCAUUGUAUUUUAGGACAGCUGGAAAAAGAGACUGCUUACAAUCUCUCCAGAGUUCAAGACUCAGGUGUUGUCUGGCAUUCCUUGGUGAUAUUUGAGAACUGAGAGACCUGAUACUUGGUGUCCUGGAGCCAACAGCCACCACCACUCAUGGUCUUUCUGCUUCUUCAUCCUGCUCCAAAAUGUCUUUUUCUUCUUCCCUGCAUUGGUCUUAGAUGAAGUUCAUCAGUUACGUACAUACAUACACGUAUGGUGCCUUUUUUGGUAGCUUCUUUUAAAGUACUUUGGGUUUUAAACAGUAUGUUUUCUCCAUAUGUGCUGUAUGGCAGAUAAUGUGGACCCUGAACACGGUGAAAACUCCUGGAACAUUGUUCAUAAAAAUAUAUAAAUAUAAAAUAUAAAAUUUAAAAAUCCCUUUGAAGUGGGGCUGAUCUGUGAAGCAGCUACCUGUGGUAGGCUGGUAGGUCCUGCGUGCUUCAGUUUUGGGGUGCUUUUAGUGUGGUGGAAAAUGAGAACCAGCAGAUUGUAUGCAAAGAAAAGAUGUGCUGAAUAGGUCAAUAGGGCAGGUUCUCUUAUCUGGCUCUGGGUUCCAGUCCAGAUUUAGAAAGGCUGUUUGUCCAUCAGUCUUUCUCACUUCCAAACUCU